AUGACACUUUACAAAUUAUUAACACCUAAAGCAUUCGCAGAAUUAUUAUCCAAGGAAACUAAGCGCCGUAUUAUCCCAGUAGAUUCCACCUGGUAUUUACCAAACUUGAACAGAAGUGGGAAGCAAGAAUUUUUAGAUGAAGAACGUCUAAAAGGAGCUGUUUAUUUUGAUAUUGAUGGUGUCAAAGACAUGAAAUCUGAAUAUCCUCAUAUGUUACCAGAUCUCAGUACUUUCAAUAAAUCCAUGAGUGAAUUGGGACUGAAGAAGGAUGAUAUUUUAGUGGUUUAUGAUAGAAUUGGUAACUUUAGCGCACCUAGAUGUGCAUGGACAUUAGCUGUUUUGGGACAUGAUCCCGUAUAUCUCUUGAACAAUUUCCCUGCCCUGAAACUGUCUGGGUACCCCGUUGAGACUUCUAAAGUGACAAGUUUUACUCCAUAUGAAAUGAGUGAAUACGUGUCCGAUGUUGAUUUGGCAGAGAAAGAAACAGUUUCCUUUGAAGAUAUGCAGAAAUUGGUGUCGACAGGUGAUAUUAAGAACUACCAGGUUUUGGACGCUAGAAGUCUUCAAAGAUUUACUGGUGAGGCGCCAGAACCUAGACCGGGCCUCAGCUCUGGUCACAUUCCUGGCGUUCAGCCAUUGCCCUUCCUAGAGGUCUUGAACAGUGAUAAAACUUUUACUUCAGAUCGUGAGGAAAUGCUAAAGAAAAUACAAGACUUCGUCUCGCAAACCGGCAAUGAGUUUGAAACCGAUAAACCAACCAUUGCAAUGUGUGGUACUGGUGUCACAGGUGUCAUAAUCAAGACUGCAUUAGAGAUUUCAGGUGUCAAGAAUGUCAGACUCUACGACGGGUCUUGGACCGAAUGGGUGAUGAAAGAUGGAGAAGUGGCUAAAGGAAGUUAA